UCAAUAUGGCAUCGUGUGGAUUUCCAAUGAUUCUGUUGGCCGUUAUAAAGAUACUAUGUGGUAAUCAAUUCUGUAUCUUUCACAUAAUCCAUCCGAAGUUCGAAUAUAUUUUACUAACUCGCUACCAUACGUCAGUGCUUCUAGCGUUAUCGGAGGCGGCUAUUACCUGCGGAAUUCCUCAGAUAUCACCACGAUCGGAUAUGUCAAGAGUGAAAGGCGGCAAUGAUGCGGUGCCUGGCAGUUGGCCGUGGCAGGUUCGUCUCGGCAUUCGCCAGGCUAACGGCCAAGUGAUGUGGAAUUGCGGAGGCAGCAUUUUAACCGAGAAAUAUGUCGUUACUGCUGCUCAUUGUUUAGUCGGUGGGGUUAAUGCCCAGUAUAUGAUCCGUGCCGGUGAUCACGACCAGACGCGCACCGAAGUGGCGCAAGUGGAUCGCGCCGUACUGCGCAUUGGUCAGCACCCGAACUACGCCGGCCAAUCGGGCAACUUCAGGAACGACAUUGCCAUUCUCCGGCUGGCCACCAACCUGACCUUCAAAGCCCAGAUCAGUCCGGUGUGUUUGCCCAUCAGCAAGGAGGAUAUCCCGCACGGCACCACCUGCAUGGUUACCGGCUGGGGAAAGUCGGGUCCGACGGGUACCAGCUACAAACCGGCACUACAGCAGGGUCGUGUGCAGAUUAUCGGACGGCAGCAGUGUGCGGCGCAGUAUUGGGGCAAUAUGGUCACCAGCAAUGUCCAAGUGUGCGCCGGGACACCAGCUGGCACAGUGGAUGCCUGUUCGGGCGACAGUGGUGGGCCGUUAGUGUGUCAAGAUCCGACUAGCCGACGCUGGGUUCUUCAUGGUGUCGUCAGUUUUGGACCUCUUACAGGUUGCGGAAAUCCGACAAAGCCGGCUGUCUAUACAAGGAUCACGGGAUUGCUGGACUGGAUCAAGACCACAACCGGAAACACUGUUUUGCAAUAUUAACCCACGGUGGACAAGGCCUGAUGUCUUUCCGUUAGAAGAUUAGCUGCGCUGGUUAUAAAGCCAUGUACUGAUGCUGCACAAACUUU